CAGCGCGCGCCGACCCGCCCGCUAUGGACUGCGGCUGGCGUCGCUGGCCGCCCCCCCAGCAGCAUGGCGACGGCGACCGCGGCGGCGACGGCGACGGCGACGCUCAGCGGCGGCGGGCCCGGCGCAGCGGCGGCGGCGGCGGCGGCGGCGGCGGCUGGGCCGCAGGGGGCCGCUAGCGCCGGCGGAUACGGCGCCGCCUCCGCGCCCGCCCCCAUAGACGACCACAAGGCGCACGCGCUGAUCGUGGAGAUCAACGCGCAGGUGGCGCUGUUCCGCGACCUGCUGAUUCACAUCGGACAGCCGAGGGACUGCCCCGAGCUCAGGGAGAAGAUCCGCAAGCUGCGACGCACCUGCGUGGACGCCUGCCGGCACACCUGCCAGCUGCUGCUGCCACAGGUCCGCAGCGCUGUGGCGGAGGGCAUCCCGGCAGACAACCCGCACCUGGUGCUGCUGUUCUUCAUCUCGCAGCUGCUGCUGAGAGAGCUGGCCAAGUGCCGACGGCUCGUGCAGGUGGUGCCCAUGGACAUGUCCGGCCUGUAUGAGAACAGACCGGGUCCGUCGAACCUGGGCAACGUGAUCAGCCAGAUCCUUCUCUGCAAGACCAUCACGCCCGACUUCAACCAGGAGGAGCUGUGCAGCAUCGCCAAGGACUCGCAGGAUGUGCUGCGGCUGUUGCAGGACAUGCAGGAGUACCUGCCGAGACAGGAAGCGGGCACAGAGCGGAACUCGGCGCUCCAGGAGGCGGAAGGCAGCCGCAGCGGAGGCGGCGCCGGGGGCGCUGGGGGCGGACAGUGGUCGCGGAAGCGGCGCCGCCGCUCCUCCAGCCUCUACAAGAACGUCGGCUCGUUGUGCUGCCUCUGCAGCCGACCCAACUACCUGUGACUGGCGCUGCCCCAGCCUCCACGAAAACGCCAGGCCCUCUCCGCAACCGACCCAACUACCUAAUACUGCCGCUUCUGCAACCUCUACCAUCGGGUCCGGGUGACAUUGCUGCACCGGCCGUGACCUCACCGACGGGACGCCGCCUGAUGGCUGCGCAACAGUUGAUACACUACUGUGUUCACCCUUGCGGCGAAGGGAUGUAUCAGACUGUGCGGUCUUCACCAUCAUUUACGCAAAUCCGAGGGGUGCAUCCCCUUACUAACACAGUAAUUACUUCUUGUAGUCAACAGCACUGUUCUCGCAUCCAAAUCAAUUAGUACGUGCUGGUCUGAGUUGGAAUGCCAAUUAUGCACGGUGAAAAAAGAACAGUGCCCUUCAAAACUACCGAGAGAUAGACAUUCCAAAAAGAACACUGUUAGGAGGCGAUUAAAUUGAGACCGCAUCCAUAUAGCUGCCACUACGUAUGUGCAGCUCUUUCCCGAAUGCAACUUAAGCUAAUCUGUGGCUUCAUCAAUGGUAAAAAUCAGUAGCAUCACUGACCAGACGUACUCGUUAAAACUUCGUUCAGCGCCCUGAGCAAAAUUCUCACAGUCGCCUAUUAUCUUUGCAGGCGUCAGGGGAACAAUAAUGUUACCGACCGUCGAAUCGACGAAAGUUUUAACGCUGGACGUAAUGUCAGCGAUGGUCACAUGACAGGUAGAUGCCGUUUCCCACAGCACUACGUAGUUAAAUGAUGAAGUGUACGGUAUUCGUAUACCAAAAAAAAAACUUCAUAUGAUAGAAUUAAUCCUUGUACUGUAGCCACUGAAAACUUAAAUUAGCAAAAAUCGUCAAUUACUCGACAAGUCUCCUCAGCUAACACUCCCUACGUGAUCACCCACAUACCGUUCAGAUGUAACCGUCUGAUGGACAGAUAAUAGACUCGUCCACAACUUUAGAAUUGGAGCUUUGUAGUGUGACCACACCAAUAAUGCAAGGAGACACUCUCACCGUUUCCACAGACUCAGAACCACACGAGCAGGGCCAUUUGUGUAGUAAACAUUCGAAGCUUGUAAAGGCAGUGGCGAUAUUUCCGCCGUUAGUGUAGAUCCUUGCACUUAAAUUCCGAUCCACGAUACCUCAUAACACAGCAGUCAACCUCUCCCCACCUUAAUGAAUCAACUCAUCUUACCAAAUAUGUAAAUAUGUAACACCUGUUGAAGGAAACGUGUGUGAAUAUGGGCACAUUAGACGUCGUGUACAGAUGACGAUGUGUCUCGAGCUCUGCUUCUGCUUCGUGUACAGUGAGCUGGGAAGAUACACCGUGUCUUAACUAAGGUCCCAUUCUUUACAGCAAAUGCACCAGUGUAAGACGUAAACCUACGAUGAAAUUCUAUACCCUCGCUCGUUUGUGCUCCUCUCCUAAUUCCUACGUAGCGUAUUAGUACAAGCAUUUAAAGACAGCUGACUACGUUUAGGCAACUGCCUGUAACAUUAGGAAUAUCAUUCCCUUUCUCCAUGUUUACAAGGAACGCAGUUGUUUGUGCGUCGUCUACAGUUCAGUAGAUAUUGCAUUUUCUAAAUAAUCCGUAUCCUCGAACAGAUUUUACCAAGCAGCAGUUUGCAGCUACUAUUUAUGAAGGUAUUUUUUGGAAAUUUUGGAGAGAUUAAAAAAGAAAAGACGUUUUAUUGCCAAAGUUAUAUUUAGAGGAAAUAUCGUCUUGUUAGGUUUGUAGCACAUGUUGGUAUUUUUCAGAACAUUUACCACGAUGUUGACCGAGUCCACUUCACAAAAAUUCUCCUUCUUUUCCGUAUAAGUAUCAAAGAGGUAUUGUUUGCAACUCUUCAACACUAAAUGAAAUAGAAAAAUUGAUAUCUCUGUAAAAUCGGCGCGUUUGUCACCCUUACUUACGGGUAAAUCAUAGAUAAUACAAGUUUCUGGAAGUUUUGAAAGAAUGUAAAAAUCAGCUGUGUUGCUGGAUACUUGGUCAACAAAUAUUGUAUUAUAGAUGAUUAUUCUACUGUAUUAUACUCAUAGCUGUAGAGCCCUGAAUAUUUUCGGGCUUAAAGGAAAAAGCAAUACUUAAUGAUAUACAUAUAUAAAUCUAACUUUGGGGAGUAUUUUUUAAGCAUGCCGUUUUAAUAUAAUUACUAUUGCUAUGAUACAUAUACAAAUACACACACCGAUAGAGUACUCCGCUAUUGUCCGUAGCUCCGUUGUUCAGUAUCAAGGAGAUGACGCCUCUAUUUCCUUCACCUGAGCCUCGUGCUCCACCUUCCAACUUGUUGUCACACGUUACGUGUCCUGGCGAGUACUCUUAACGACUCCACUUUAUCGAUUAAGCGGACCAAUGUUUGACAUAGCCACAAAGCAGGUAUCGAUAGUCUUUAGCAUGAACGGACGCCAGUGAUGUUAUUGACUGAAAAGCAACAACGGCGGCAGACAGAAUAUAAGAGCUUGUACUGAGUGGGAAGUCGUUUCCUGUCGAACGACAUUCGAUACGGUACUAAAUUCGGCAGGAUAGAAUGAAGGACUGUGAAACUACUAACUGUAGGUUUUAACACCAGCUUUAUAUUUACUCGGUUCAUCCAGCGCCCUCGAUAAUCCGUGACAGUUAUUCGACUCUUUCUCUCCCGCUACAAUGUCACUUUCAUUCAUCUUCGUAGAUGCCAAUAGCAAACGACGGAUAAUAGUUCAUUCUGUUAUUCCCCCCGCCCCAUUUCAAUUAUUUGCACAAAUCGAGCACAGGAAAAAUGUUUUUAUCUGUGUCGCAACCCCUUUUACCUUCAUCUUCACAUCCAACAAGGAUCUGUACACUUGAGAUGACAGAAUCGUUUUAAAGCGUUAAAUUUUCGUAUCUUUAAAUUCGACAGUAUCGCUUCGCCAAAAGAAAUUAAUCUUUAUUCUCAUAUUGACUGAACCGGUGAGUUACAAAUUCAGUAACACGUCUUAAAUCUUCCCUUUAAUCCCAACUGUAGAGAGUCUCACACGCUCGUGGCGUAAUAAACUAUAAGUUGCACAAGGAUCUUGUAACGGUUUCUUGGUACCUGUCACUAUAGGUUCCCAAUAAGUCGACCUUGUUCACUCAUUUUGCAAGUUCGUCCUUCACAUCGCUUCGUAACGAUAUCCUUAGAUAGUUAACGUUUGUGGCUGAGAAUAGGAUAAAUCGCUAACGCGCACCCAAAAGCUACCUGAAAGUUUUCUAUUUAAGUCCAUUAUUUUGCUUCUGCUCACAUUCAACGUAAGCUGCAAUUCGUAACCCGAUUUUGAUAUUCGGCCAAAUCGUUCUGAUUUUCCUGUCGCUGUAAUAGCAUGGAACUUUCCUGUACACAACUUCGUUCUCAUUAGUUACCCUUAACGCAGAGCUCAUCCUGACCAAAAGUUUGUUUAUAUUUUCUGAGAAUAAGGGCCGCCUCAGUCGUCAGCUCGAGUACUUUCGGAAACCUGAGCUCUUUUAUGGUAACUUUUUCAGUUUUAUUUCUUUAAUUAAUCUGCAAAGGCCUCUCCGUUUCUUUAUUUCUCUGACCUCUUAAACUUUUGAGUUAUUUGAAACUACUUUUUAUGGCAUCCUGGUUCCUACAGCCGCCCGUUUUUCACUUUCGUAGUGUUAUGGUACAAGCGUAGCGUUAGAGGCGCUUUAUUUGUCAGCUGAGAACCAAUAUAUGAGACCAAUAUCUCUGGCAGCAAACGGCACUCUACGCUUCUGUCUUCCUUGCUCCGAUAACAAGUGUCAUGUUCCCUUCCACAUAUCAAAUUUCAUUCCUUUUCCCGUACGCUCAUUGAUUCUGAUGUUCCAGAAUUGGAACUGGCUGUUGACUCACCAUCGCUUUCGUCUUUGCGAAUGAAGUGAUAAUCAGACAAUCUGCUCAUUACGAAUUCCUAUUUCUUCAUCAUUUCGUACAUGUUCCUCACAUUUACUCUAGUUUUAACUGCUCUUUUACCAUAUAAUCACUUGCUUUCGUGAGUGAAAUCCAGUGCCUUAAAAAGCUUUGCCGAAGUUAUAGCUACAAUUUUACACUUCAUUAGACUACACCCCUGUCAUAGAACUAAGUAACUUUUAUUAAAAUGCCCCUUGAUUACCGACACAGUCCACUAAACAGUAGUGAUAAAGUGGAACAGCCUUCAUCUGAGUUACCUUUGAGGGCUUUCCACUUUAAUAAAGCAGAAAAGAAACAAUAACGACUGCUCUGAAAAGAAAUGAUAGCGACUCCAUGGGGACCUGUUUAUCCUCUUUGAUUAAACUGAGUGAGACAUACACACACCACAACAUUUACUCCCCAGGUGUACUUCAGGCAUGAAGCAGCUGAUAACUCGCAUUUAAAUCUGCUUGAAGCUGUCGCUGAAUGAUGUAGCGGCAUCCAUGCGGCACGUCGUAUAGUUUCUAGUAGCGACAGCGCACAGAGCUGGCGCUCGCACAGUGAAAGGCAGAACCAGGUCGCGGAUGGCAGCUGGUCGCGUCGCGUCGCGCCCUCAUUCAAGCGCGCCUCAUAUCGACAGCGGAUUACAGCUGCGUGCUAUAAUGAACGCACAUCAGCCCACUCGGGAGCGCCCAUCGGAUGGUGCGACAAUCCGAAGCGCGGGGUCUGUAUAUUGUGCUAUGAAGAAAUGUUUUGAACUGUCAGGAUUUACUUGGCACGUAGAAAAACCUCACGGGACAAGUGAACUCCGGAAAUCACUAUGGACAUUAAAAUUCAUCAUAAGACAUUGCUGAAAUCCGCAAGUUGGAUUUAUGGCCUGGUUGAGUGAGGGGUUCAGACUUUAUUUUCAUCUACCGCAAGCAUAGGUAAUAUCACAACUCUAGGUCCUACUGCAGCCAAAUACUGGAUGCCGGAUAGUCGUCAAUUCAUCCGAGAGAUCUUGAAGUCGUACGCUUCAUGGACUGUGCAUUGCUUUGCCACCGAUGAACAGAAUGUAUGCAAUGUUUCCCUACCCAGAGUUAGUCCUUAGUUCUAUGGCGAUGACAUAUAACAGAUGUAACAAGCACUUAUUGGUCCUGAAUAAUCUCAAGGACCUGCUACUGUUGCCAGAUGUAGUUCGUUUCAUUGUUUCUCGCGUCCGCUUUCUAACGGUCUCUUCAAUUUGUUUUCUUUCCCCUGAGACGUUAUAUUUACUUAUUUACAAAAUUAUACUAACCGAGGUUCUCCUGGCCUCACAUUCGCGAUACGUGUACUUGAAUAGAUAUAUAAAUUUUGAGAUGCAAGAGUAUCGACAAUCAUGUGAGUAAUCUUUAGAACAUACUUUUUGGAAUUUUCAAGACAUUCCUCGCUCUCCUUUCCUCUAACUUCUUCAGGUCUCUUAUCUCUAGGAGGCUCUUGUGAUCAUUGCAUACUUCAGCUGUACAAUGGCGAUAACUCUAGAUGUUCUUUACCUAAAAUACAAUUGUCUUUUGGCUUGCUUCUCUCACAAAUAUCUGAAAAUAAUACUUGAUUAUUACAGAACGGAGUUUCACCUCCGUUGAACAACACUUACUUUUCAGCUUCCUCGCUGAAACAUCUUUCAGCAUAUCAUCAACAAGUCCUAGUUUUUAUAACAUACCUUAAUUACUGGUUCGUAUACCAUUCAUUUGUUCCGGUUGGGAAAACUGUUAACUUGUUGAUAUUAUUCUCCACACGCUCAUGUUUGUCUCGUGAACUCAAAACUUGGAAAUACUGCAAACUUCAUAAUUAUCUCAACAGCACUCGUCAGCGUUACGCAACGGGUUCACGAAGAAUAUCAUGUAUAACUGCGUUCGUGGAGAUGUAGCAUCUGCUCCGUUCACAGCCGCCGUCUACCAUCAUGGUGUGGGUCUGAAGAUGAUCUUAAACAGGCCGAAACCGGUAACCUUACACGAAAAAAUUUUAUUACCGUUGUGAGUGUUUAUAUUCAGUUUUAGGUAAUAAAUAAACGGCUGUACUCCAGGGAGCCAUGUUCUCAAAAAUUACUAAUAUAAUGUAUCUUCGUGCAACACGAGUGCCUGCAGGUAUGGUGCAAGGAUAAACCUUGGUUUCAUACAUGUAGUGCUCAACAGUAACGAAAGACGUUAAGGAUUAACGUGUCCAGCAUUUUCAAUUUUCUGUGUUCAUUUGAGGAACUCGUUAUUCGGAUAACAACUUCGAAAGAAUAGUCACAACUGACUACCCAACUAAAACUGUUGAAUGUUCCACCAACAAUUAGAUUGUUAACUAACAUACCUCAUAAAAAUGGGCUCUCUGAUGAUGACACAAACUGUCAGGUAUGGACAUAAAGGAGAGUACCUGUUUUGAAAACUCAUGGCGAAAGCAGUCUUAUAAUUAUUUUGAAAACAUGUUUUCGGUGGAACGUAAUAAACCAAAUAAUGACUAAUACACCGUGAAAUUCACCUUUGUUUGACGAAGUAAGCUGUCUACAUCUUUUUGUCGUCCCUCUUAGCUUCUUUUCCCUCAUUUGUUUAGGAACAUCUUAGCUAUAAUCGUUAUAUAUGAAUAACAUGGUGGUAAUACCACACUUGAAUGUCUGCAUCAAUAAAUCACAUACUUCCCUAAGACGAUAAAGAUUAAAGAACAUGUAACAUACCAGAAUUUUGUUCCUCUGAUACAAAACUGAUACAAAGCUUUCAUUACCGAUUACAGUAGUAGUGUUUUUUCUAAGAGUCUUCGCAUUGAUUCACUUACAGUGUAAGAUUAAAACAUUAUACUACAAAAGGAAGUUAUUUAAGUUACUAGUGAUAUUGCUUUUACUAGUGUCCAUCACCUUCUUUUCUCUCAGUUUAUCCCAUAAAUAAUGGAAGUUUACUUCGUGUGGCUGUCUUUUUUGGCACCAUUUCCUUAUUAAAUUAGAGUAAUGCUGUUGGUACAUCAUUCAGAUCACUUUGAAUGACUUGGAAUUUAUUUGAUAGCAUUUGGCUCUUGAAUGAGACUUCCGAAGUCCGUUUCUUCGCUGUUUUACAAACGUAAAAUUGAGGCUUUGUUGGUAGAAUACAGAGUGCGCAUUUAAGUAAUUUUUCUAGUAGCAUCGCAGUGAAAGUAGUCUUCUAAAAAGGCACACAAAUUUUUAAAUUUGUUCAGAAGACAGUUUGGGUGUUUUUAAAGGGUUUCUCAUUUGUAAAGAGAAGCACAGUUGUUUUAAGCAGUCUUUGCACUGUCUCUGCUUAUGCAUUUUUCACAGUCUGACAAAACGAGUAUGCGUAGCACACACGGCGCUUUUCAAUGCUCAGAUUUCGCAGCGGAGAACGUCAGUCAUAAAAGUUACUGCUUUAUAAUUUGUGUUUAUCACAACCAAUAGCUGCUUUAAAGUUGGCAAAAUACAUUUGCUCCUGUUCUUAACAUAAUGCACUGCAGUAGCCAAAAUGAAGAUCAAGCCGACAGAUCUUCGCUUUGAAAAGCUUACAACCUAUUCGGUGCGAUGAAUAUGGUGUAGAAAAAUCCGUGCAGGAAGAACAGUGACAUAUUUUCCCAUUGGAAUUAAUCGAGUUUUAUUCUAUCGAUUCAGCAUCUACAAUUUAUUUCUCUUACGUUUUGUGGAUAUGACCGUGACAGCCACAGAAAACUCGCACGAAAUCCCUGGACUGUAAAGCUACUUACGUAGUAAUCUUAAUAUUGCUGCACCAAAAAUUAUCACUGCCAAAUAUUCAGGUGCUGUGUGUGUGUGUGAGAGAGAGAGAGAGAGAGAGAGAGAGGUAAGAGGUAAGAGAAGAGGGUGAGGCUGACGGGAGGGGAACGAGAGAUCGGGAUGCGUUCGCGUGUGUACAGCCUUGAGUUUUAUCGUUUAAUUUGCAGUAAUUAACAUAUCAGUCAGACAAUUUAGUUGCAACACGUCCACAACAGUGAUAAACUUCUUGGUAGAAAUAAGAGUCCUGUUUUUCAUCGUCAUUUAAUUUUUAUUUGGUGUACUGACAUCGGGCUGUGUAUCCAUUUUCCAGCAAUUGCAUACAUGUCAGAAGAAAUGUAAUUAGAACAAAAAUUAAAAAGUCUGUACGUGAUCUUACUUGAUUUUUAUUGUUCUACGUAGUGUAUAGCGGUUACAAAAAUUCAUAUUAUUAGAACUACAUAUAUUUCGAUGGUAUUAGUCACGACCCUUCUACACAAAAAAGAAAAUAAUCCUCCUUCUUUCCCUUCCCAAAGUUAUGUUAAUAUCUUAGAUGACACUGAUCACACACUGAGCGUACCCUUCCACAGUGGUUUCUCUUUGACUUGUAUGCCAAAAGGUACAGCUGCACACUGUUCAGUGCUUGCAUGCAGCAGUCAAUGCUUGGCUCUGUGUUGCUAUUUGUAUCAUGACUACAGCUUUCAGGUCCGGUAAUGUAGUUAACAAUUCUAUUAUAUGGUGUUAUCAACUACGGCCUACUUUCUAUUUUUACCAGGUACAUAGUGGUUGCUUUGUAUUAUACUUUAUUAUAAUAUAUCAGGCCAGCCAUCGACUGCAAAUGAGAUUAUAGGACUGUAACCGAAACCAUAUGUAGUUAAGAGGUUAAACAUUGUUAUUGCUCUUUUUAUUCUGUUUUUAAUCUUGUUUUAUGUGGUGACUAUAGCCAAGGGUUGCUUUCUUGAGUAUACUGUAAUUGCGUUUUUCUGAUUUGUACGCAGUAGUUCGAAAAUGGCUACACAGCCGAAAUGUAAGACUACACAAAAUGAAAGUAAAAUGGAAAUAAAAGCAGCCAAAACAGGAGAAUUACUUCAGUUUAAAAAAUGUUUAAUGUUGAAAAAUUAUUAAUAGUUACGUAACUUUUCUGAGUAGGAAGGGAUGGGAGUGUCAUAUUUUCCGAAAGAACAUACAAAGUCAACGGAAGAGGAACUGUUAACUUUGACAUUUAAAAAAUUAUAACGUCACCCUUGAUGCAAAUAUUUUUGCUAAUAUAUCAUACAUGACUAAUUUAGGUCCAUUGACCAUGAUCAGAGGUGUCAAACUGAAGCACUAUUGGUUGUUACAUAAUGGGUUAAAAUAAAAGACGAACAGGAGGAACAUAGAAGCAAACAGCACAUAUCAUACCAACACGACGUCAAGCGUCUGAAACAGCUUAUCUCGUGAUCUUAAGUUUCAGGUGAUCACUGUCAAGUGCUAACGUUUUAUUUGCAACGCCCAUUACUAUAGCGCGUCUCGAUUAGGCGGUGAAUGGAGUUUGAGUGCUGUGGGGUUUCAGUAUGUUGAUCGCAAAAUUAUGAAUUAAUCAACCUGUGUCGUCAAUCGUCUUGACUUCCAGAGAUUAAGCUAGCUGCUAUUCCCGUCUUCAAAGGUUACUGUUGAGCCCAUCUAGUUUUGGUCGUAAAAGGGUUUCUUCUUGCUUUCGGCCUGUAUAGUUACAGUUGUUUGGUCGGCAUUUCUUCCGGAAUUCUGUUUACAUGCUGAUUCCACCUGAUCUCUAUUUAUCUCUUGUGUUGUUUAUCCCUUCAGUAAUCAGUUCUUCCCUAAUUGUUUCACUACAUCACAGCAGAGACGCCACAGCCAUCGUUGUAUAACAUUUUAUUUUUGUUUUUUUCUGACGUCACUCUAUAAGGUUCUAAUAAGAGUACCACACAUGUUCUGAAACUGGUGAAGCUUCUUGUUUGUAUUUAUGCUACGCUGGUAAGUAAUUUGGUUCCAUAAAUAAUUAUAAUUGUUAAAUUGGUCAUCUAUUUUGUUAUUGAUAACAAUUAUUGAUCUGACAUGCUCAGCUACAUUAAAUGCCAUCACCUUAGAUUUCGAUGUUGUACUGUUUGCCCAGGAGAUGCAACUUACGUACCGCAUCAAGUAGUGUCGUAAUAAUGAUAUCCGUAUUGAAUCACAUGAGAUUACAACCAACCGCUUGCGUUAGCACGUCGAUUCCGGGCUUCGGGGAGGUUCGCCAGCCUCGGAUCGAAUUAACGACGAGGGUUGGUGUGCCGGCCAUCUUGGAUGUGGAUAGGUGAAUACAGAGCUGGCACCCCUACCAGCCUCAGUUACUCGAUUCGCAAACAUUUCGAAAACGUUCACACACUUUCAGAUGAGAUAACACUAAACGCAGACAAAUGCAGUGUACCAAUCUGCAAUCUGG